AUGUCUGAACAGGAUCCCCGAGUGCUUCUGCAGAAAGCAGACAAGGCCCUCCAGAGCGCAUCUGGAGGCUUUAGCUUCUUUGGAGGUAAAACGGAGAAGUUCGAGAAUGCCGCCGACCUAUAUACGCAAGCCGCAAAUGCCUUUAGGGUACAGAAAAUGAGUUCGUCUCCCCCGCGUUUCCGCGACACGUUGCUCUUGGGUGGGAGCAGGAUUAGGAAUGAAGCCAGCAGUGAGCUAACCGCCUGUUGGAAUGAUAUAGAUAAGGAGGCUGGAGCUGCCUUUGAGAAGGCUGCUGCUAUCUUCACGCUGAAUCUGAACGAGCCAGGUGAUGCCGCAAACACACUGACGGAGGCGUUCAAAGUAUACCGGAAGAGCGACCCAGAAGAUGCCGCUCGAGUGCUUCAAACCGCCAUACAACACUAUAUUACCACGGGAAACUUCAGACGUGCCGCAUCUCACCAGCAAAACCUUGCAGAAGUGUAUGAGGUUGAAAUCGGAGAUGAGACCAGAGCUCUUGCGGCGUACGAGAAGGCUGCCGAGUGGUUCGAGGGUGAUAACGCUGAAGCACUUGCCAACAAGCACUUCCUCAAGGUUGCGGAUCUUGCAGCUCUAAAGGCCGAUUACCUCAAAGCAGUAACAAAUUUUGAAAAGGUCGCCAAAUCUUCUAUAAAUAACAACUUGAUGAAGUGGUCGGUAAAGGAAUACUUUAUGAAAGCUACCAUGUGCCAUCUUGCCUCAAAGGACCUUGUUGCCACUAACCGUGCGCUUCAAAGCUACUGUGAACUCGAUAACUCGUUCCAGGCAACUCGCGAGUUUGCAUUACUUACCGACCUAGCUCAAGCCGUUGAACAGGGAGACACUGAUGCCUUUGGAGAUAGGCUCUACGAAUACGACCAGCUGAGCAAACUAGACAAAUGGAAGACGGCAAUAUUCCUCCGGAUAAAAAAUAACAUUGAGGAAACAGGGGAGGAUUUCUCUUAA